CGUAACUUCUUAAGGGGUUGGACCAUUCCAGAACGCUUCCUUAUAAGGGUCACUGAUCAUGUUCCCCAAUUUUCAUUCUUCACCUGCAAAAUCAUAGAGCGGCUUGGAAUUUUUCUACAAAGAAGAGAAUCACUUUAAAGUCUGAUGGGGUCUCCAUCAUUCCAAUAGAUCAAAGUUCAAAUUCAUAACAUAUUGUUCAGCAAACAAAAGAGCCACUUCCAAAAUCCCCUUCACUAUCUGUUUUUCCGAUUUCAAGCCUUGUAGGGUGAGUUCUUAAAUUUUCUGCAGAUUUCUUAUAUGGGUCUUGAGUUCAUAAAUAUUAUGUAUGUUCAAGUGGAUCUUGUUCCCAGAUAUGUAAUUCUUCAGUAUAAUGUAUAUUUCUGGUUCUGUUUUUCCUCUGAAGGAACUGAUAUUAUGCUCGAGUAACUGGGGUUUUCCUAUUUUGAUUCCCAUGCUUGUGACAUCUGUCCUUAGAAAUUCUGCUAUGCUCUCAGGUUAAGAAAAUGACAUCAAAAAGACCUUUUUUCUUAUUGAUUAAUGGCUUUAUAAAGAGGCAAUAUUAUCUGUCUAGGAAAGGUUUUCUUGACAGAUUUUGAGGUUCAUUUAGGGUGCUUUUGAGCCAUAUAAUUAGUUAUACAUAGCUUUGCAGUGAUCUUCUAAUCAAAUUUGUUGUUGCUUCUUUUGAUCAGCUUCAGGUCCUUUUAGUACUAAAUUAUUUCAUGAAAGAUCACUAGUAGAGUAGUUUAUCUGUGCUCCUGGCUGGAGCUUCCCCUUCGUUCAUACUUUUGUUUUCUACUUAAAAAUCUGUCAUUUCAUUUGACAAAGUAGAGAAAAUGGUGAGGAUACCCAGCAUUGGUAUUGAGCAGAAGCAGCCUAGCUUCUUCAAGAUUACUCUACCUGGCCGCAGCAACGAGCAUGUGAGGAUUCCACCGAGAUUCGUUCGAGAGCACAUUGUGAACGGACUUACUAAGCAGGCGAAAUUAAGAUUGAAGCGCUCCUCAGAGUAUUCAUGGAAUAUUAAAGUGAAAAGAUCCAGAGAAGAUGUGUAUUUGAAAGAUGGAUGGCUUGAGUUUCGGAGAGCCGCCCGCUUGGAUGAUAAAGAGUUUUUAGUGUUCAUAUGCACUGGAAAAAUGCAUUUCAGCAUAAAGGUUUUCGACAAGAAUGGGUGUGAGAGAAUGGAUUUCCCUGACUUCAGCAGACACCAAAACACAACCUCAUGUAAGAGUACUAAAAGGCCUCGUGGGAGACCAAGAAAAUCUAUUCCAGCUGAUAUGUUGAAAGAGGUUAAACAGGAGGAAGAAGAUUACAUUAACAAUACAGAAAAAUUCACUUCCAAGAGUACUGAAAUGCUUACUGAGAGUUGUAAGAGGUCUACUGUCAGACAAAAAGAAACAACUUCUGAAAAAAUUAAGAGGUCUUGUGGUAAACCAAGAAAAUACCCGGCUACUGGCAAGCACAUUUCAAAAUCUGAACUUGAUGUCCUCGAAGAGGUUAAAGAAGAGGAAUAUGACAACCAUGAAUCUGGGGAGCUGUUGAAACCCAAAUUGCAAUAUUUUACAAGCAAGAUCCAGAGACUAACUCAAGUGUAUGUGGGCAAACCAUUCUAUGAGGAAAAUCUUUCAUCACGAAAUUAUGACAAUGUUAUGCUGAAAAAUUCAGAGGGAACAGAAUGGUUCAAAGUGACGCUUUCAAGUUACCGUGACACAGCCUUCAUGACUAAAGGGUGGCAUGCUUUUGCAGAUGCUAACCAAGUCAAGGUGGGAAGCUGCCAAUUUCAGAUUCAAAAAGAGAACAGAAUUGUUGUUCACAUAUUGAACAACUGAACCUGUCAAGCAACUGUAAGAUCAGUUUCAGCCAGCUAGUGAUCUUUACGAUAUUGUAGACCAGACAUAUGGCACUCGACUACUUUAGCUUAUGGAAACAUUACAUUUCGUAUAGUAUUGUAUUAAAUAUGUCUUCUGGAUAUAUGUAUUUAGUGCAUGUACGUGGUAUUAUGAAACUUCCAAUUCCUACAUUAUGCUACAAUGUUGUGAGUGUGUGUUGUUAAUCUAUAAGU